ACCUAAGAUAAAAAUUCACCACCAUUUGUCACUUGAGCUAGGCCUAGGGGCAAACUGAGGGUCAAAUUAGGGACAUUUCACCUUAAUUUAUAGACAGAUUAGGGUUUCAAUCUUGAUUGGGAUUCUGGCUGCAGAGGCUGCACGUCUCCCGUCCAGUCUCCUGGUAUUCUUCUUUCUGCUCUGCUUCUCCUCUGUUAUAUUUCAGUUCUGAAGUUUUAUUUCUGUUUCUGCCCUAGUGAGGGGUUGUAGUGAGGUUCAACUGCUGAUUUCUUGGUGAAUUUUUAUUGAUCUUAGGAAGCCAGGCUUUGGCUGUGAAUGAGUGAGGGUAUGGUUAUGGCAUAAAGAGCGAUCCUUUUUUUUUUUUGGCCCUCACUGUUACCCACUAAAAAUGAUUAUAAUCUUGUAGUAUUAAUUAAUCUGAACAAUGGAUAUAGUGGAAAAUGAUGAAAUAUAGCAGGUACUUAUGAUGGAUCUGUGACCAGAUGUACUCCUGGUGCUGCCAAUUUUGGCUCUGUGCUGAGCUUCUAGGACACAUUUCUGGUUGAUUAUCCCAUCAAAUACUUGCUGAUUCCUUCUCUAUCCUUUGUUUAGACCAGCUUCCAUGUCCUGAUCUACUACAUUAGAUUUUAUCCUUUUGACUCUUUUACUAAAUGGGUUCUUUAGUACUAGCAUGUUUGCUAAGGUCAGACUGUCAAAGAGUCUUCCUUUUUCUUGUCAUUUUCUGUGUGUAUCUGAAGGGGAGCCUAGAUGCAACAAUAAAAGUUGUUGCCUUGAGACUAGGAGGUCAAAGAUUCAAGCCACGAAAACAGCCUCUUGCGGAGAUGUAAGUAAAGCAGUUCAUCAUGAGGAGGAAGGGUUGCAGAUACGAAUGCUGGAAAUAUAUAAACAUUCACCAGAUAUAGAAAAGCAUUUGAAGAAAUUACAGAAUGGUGAAGACCUACCUCAAAUUUCCAAUACACAGAAAAAGAAAAAGGACAACAAAGAGAUUCAGUUGCAAGUGGGCCAGAGCUUCCCCAAUACCCCCUAAUCGACCAAACUAUAUGUACACGAGUAUAUGUUUUUUUGAAUGAUAGAGAAUUACGAUUUUGUUUUAUAUUUUCUUUUGUUUCGGUAAGAAAGUGAUAAAGAGAGACGUCUUCCAAAUGCA